AUGGCACCCGAUGCCGAUAGCUCCAAGGCUGCCGACAAAGGCAAAGCUGUUGAGACGCCCGAUGAUGUGAAGAAGGAUAAGGAUGCAAAGACAGUGGUGAAUGGCAAGGAUGAAGACAAGAACAACUCCACUGAGGAGCUGAGUGAGGAGGACCAGCAACUUAAAAAUGAGCUCGAUAUGCUUGUCGAGAGGCUCACGGAAUCCGACGCAUCUCUGUACAAGCCAGCCCUCGAGGCAAUGAAGAACUUCAUCAAGACGUCGACAUCUUCCAUGACGGCUGUGCCAAAACCGCUGAAGUUUCUUCGACCUCACUACGAGACAAUGACGAAACUAUACGAAGCAUGGCCCACCGGCGAAAACAAGGUGUCUCUGGCAGAUGUGCUUUCGGUCAUCGGCAUGACCUUUUCCGAUGAGGACCGCCAGGACACCCUCAAGUACCGACUUUUGGCCCCCUCACAAGACAUCAGCUCCUGGGGACAUGAGUACACCCGUCACUUAGCUUUGGAGAUUGGCGAGGUGUAUGCCAAGAGGAUAGCAGCAGAGGAGUCAACCAAGGACCUCGUUGAUCUCGCCCUGGUUUUGGUACCUCUGUUCCUAAAGAGCAACGCCGAAGCCGACGCUGUAGAUCUGAUGAGCGAACUUGAGAUCAUCGAGCAGCUUCCUAAGUUCGUCGACGAAAACACGUACGCGCGCGUCUGCCUGUACGUAGUCUCGAUGGUAAACCUUCUUACGUAUCCAGAGAACGAGCAAUUUUUACGAGUUGCGCACGAUAUCUACAAGCAGUACAAGCAACACACACAGGCCAUGGUUCUUGCAAUCAGGUUGAACGAUUCGGACAUGAUCUACAACGAGUUUGAGAAGAUCGAGGACCCCGCCCUUAAGAAGCAGUUGGCAUUUUUGAUUGCGCGUCAAAAGAUCCUCCUUCCCGACCCGGACACGGAGGACCAGGAACUGACUGAAUGUUUGGGCAACAUCCGGCUUUCGGAGCACUUCAAGUCACUGGGCAAGGAGCUCAACAUUCUGGACCCCAAGACCACGGAAGAUAUUUACAAGAGCCAUCUUGAGAGCAGUCGUGUGGCUGGAAUGACUAACUUGGAUUCAGCCCGCCACAACCUGGCUGCAGCUUUUGUGAACGCCUUUGUCAACGCUGGGUUCGGCAACGACAAGAUGAUGCUCGUCGAUGACAAGGAGAGCUGGGUUUGGAAGACCAAGGAUGAAGGCAUGAUGUCGACGGUUGCAUCCAUGGGUACGCUGCUUCUGUGGGAUGUGGAAGCCGGAUUAGACAAGGUCGACAAGUACACAUAUGCCGACGAGGAGCAGAUCCAAGCCGGUGCCCUCCUGGCUAUUGGAAUCAUGAACUCGGGAGUGCGGUUGGAUUCUGAGCCUGCCAUGGCUUUGCUGUGUGACCCUGACAAGCUUCACCACAAGAACCCUCUCAUCAGGAUCGCAGCAAUCAUGGGCUUGGGACUAUCAUACGCGGGCUCUAACAAGCUUGAACUGUUGGUUGAGCUCGUACCCAUGAUCACGGAUUCUUCCCUAGAUAUGCAGAUUUCGGCCAUGGCGGCACUCUCGUGCGGUCUGAUAUUUGUUGGCACAUCUAACGACGAGGUCAGCGAAGCCAUUGUCAACACCCUCCUUGACGAGGACAGGAGAUCUCAGUUGACCGACAAGUGGACACGAUUCCUCGCGCUUGGCCUCGGUCUUCUUUUCUUUGGCCAGCAGGAAGAAGUGGACGUCAUUUUGGAGACUUUGAAAGCCGUCGACCACCCUGUGGGUAAGCCAAUCGCAGUCCUCGCAGAGAUCUGCGCUUGGGCCGGCACUGGUGCUGUCCUCAAGAUCCAGGAGCUCUUGCAUAUCUGCAACGAGCACCUCGAAGAGUCUGAGGAGAAGAAGGGCGAUGAGCUGCUUCAGGCCUAUGCUGUGCUCGGUAUUGGUUUGAUUGCCAUGGGCGAGGAUGUCGGCCAGGAGAUGGUUUUGCGCCACUUUGGUCACCUGAUGCACUAUGGCGAGGCCAACAUCAGGCGCGCGGUACCUCUGGCUAUGGGUCUUGUCAGCCCAAGCAACCCCCAAAUGAAGGUUUACGAUACGUUGUCAAGGUACUCUCACGACAACGACAACGAGGUGGCGAUCAACGCCAUCUUCGCCAUGGGUCUCCUGGGCGCCGGAACGAACAACGCACGUCUGGCUCAGCUGCUGAGGCAACUUGCGAGCUACUACCACCGCGACCAGGAUUCUUUGUUCAUGGUCAGGAUUGCUCAAGGCCUGCUGCACAUGGGCAAGGGAACCAUGUCAAUUAGUCCCUUCCACACCGACCGUCAAAUCCUGUCAAGAGUAUCGGCCGCCGGUCUGCUUGCCGUCUUGGUGACCAUGCUCGACGCCAAGAGCUUCAUCACUUCAAACUCGCACUACCUGCUCUACUUCUUGGUCACGGCUAUGCAUCCGCGCUUCUUGGUCACUCUGGACGAGGAUCUGAAGCCCCUGACCGUCAAUGUCCGAGUCGGUCAGGCCGUCGAUGUUGUCGGCCAGGCCGGUAGGCCCAAGACUAUCACCGGAUGGCAGACUCAAAGCACGCCAGUGCUCCUGGCUUAUGGAGAGCGGGCUGAGUUGGAGGACGAGGAGUACAUCAGCCUCAGCAGCACUCUAGAGGGACUCGUAAUUUUGAAAAAGAAUCCGGACUGGGAGAGUGGCAAUUAA